AUGAAGCCUUUCGGAAUAUUACUCACCUUGGUAUUAGUUAUCACGUUGAUCUCAAACUUGGCGAUAGCAUUCCCGGUUAAAGGCCGAAUAUUCUGUAAAGUCGAUGAUGAAGUGGUAAAACCAUUAAAGAAAGCUAUCGUGGAAUUGAAAGACAACAGCAACUACAAUCUAGGGUAAGCAUAUAUAUGUCCCAAGUUUAGCAAUCAACCGCGUGUUGAACAUAUGUCGUUCCAUUUGCCGUUAACAGGUUGCCUAUUUUUCUUUAGAUCUUUUGUAGGUUGCGUUAAGUUUGACCAUUUCAGUUACAACAGUAAUGUAGAAACCGACAAAUUUGGUCGCUUUUACUUUGACGCAACAUCAUUUGACACUACCAAGGUCUUAAAAUUGGAAGCGUACCAUACAGAAUGUGGGGAUGCAGUAGUUCUUACAAAAACUUUUGAAGGACCAAGUACUUAUGAUUUCAACGACAUUGUACUUGGUUCUUAG